AUGUAUCCCUUUUAUGAAACCUUUCCUUCCCACAUAACUGAUGAUGAUAAAAGGGGCUUAGAAAAGUUAUAUGGACCUAAAAGUAAAUCCGCAUCUAUUCCAACUCGACCUGGUGUUACUAGGAGUAGUGUAACAACUUUAAAGACAACCACAACAGAAAGAUCUUGGAGUACGACAACCACAGCAGCUAGGACUAAUAAAUCAAAGCAAAAUAUAAUAACGAAUGUAUGUGAAUUGGAAUAUCCAGAUUUAAUAUUUUUAGCAUACGCUCCAUCAUUUCCAACAUACCGAAUGUAUAUAGUAAGUAAGGAUCUGGUAUGGAAAUACGACUUAAAUAAUGAAAAGAUCCCUACCAAUGCUGAACAAUUUAUAAGAUAUUUUCCAAGGGGAAUUACGAACGUGACACAUGUUUUUCAAAGCACCAAUGGAGAUUUGAUUGGUGUAAGCAGAAAUCGUAUAUAUGCAGCAGCAUUUCCUAGCUUAAGAAUUCAUACAGAUAACAUGGUACCUGAAGUAAAUAACGCAAGAAGUAUUAACGGUUUAUUUCAAACAAAUUCAGGAAAAAAAUUUGUUUGUUUUGAUGGCUCAUUUAUUGAAUUUAAUGAUAAAGACAUUAUCUCUAGAGGACGCAUAAGUGAUGUUUUUCCAGGAAUACCAAAUGAUAUUACAUCAGCAUUUAAUUACAUUGAUGGACAUAUAUAUUUCUUAAAGCAAAACAUUUAUUACAAGUUUAAUGAAUUUACAAGAAGUGUUGUUGAAAAAUGUACUUUUAACUGGAAUAUGUUAGGUUUCCCUUGUCCUGAUAAUGGAUUAAUAAAACAACUGAAAUCCUUAUUAUCCAAAGUAAAUUUAUUCUUUGAAUGA